AUGUAUAUGGAGUUUUCCGAUGGAUCGACUCCUUACGUUGAGACAGAUCCUUCUGGUCGGUAUGGUCGUUUUAGAGAAGUACUUGGCAAAGGAGCAAUGAAGACGGUUUACAAGGCAUUUGACCAAGUUCUAGGAAUGGAAGUUGCAUGGAAUCAGGUUAAGCUCAAUGAGGUUUUCAGAUCACCUGAGCCUUUACAACGCCUUUACUCCGAGGUUCAUCUCCUCAAGAAUCUCAACCACGAAUCCAUUAUCCGCUACUUCACAUCUUGGAUUGACGUUAACCGCCGAACAUUCAACUUCAUCACUGAGCUGUUCACAUCCGGCACCCUUAGAGAGUAUCGAAGGAAGUAUCAGAAGGUUGAUAUCCGAGCAAUCAAAAGCUGGGCACGCCAGAUCUUGAAUGGUCUUGCAUACCUGCACGGACAUGAUCCUCCUGUUAUUCACAGAGACCUCAAAUGCGAUAAUAUCUUCGUUAAUGGCCACCUCGGGCAAGUCAAGAUUGGUGACCUGGGGUUAGCUGCAAUUCUCCGUGAAUCACAACAUGCGCACAGCGUCAUAGGAACGCCUGAAUUCAUGGCACCUGAGCUAUAUGAAGAAGAUUACAAUCAGCUCGUGGACAUUUAUUCGUUCGGAAUGUGCGUCCUAGAGAUGCUUACCGGUGAGUACCCUUACAGUGAAUGCUCCAACCCUGCACAAAUAUACAAGAAAGUUACAUCGGGGAAGUUGCCUGAAUCCUUCCAUCUAAUCCAAAACACGGAGGCCCAACGUUUUGUUGGCAAAUGCCUGGAAACUGUUUCAAAGAGAUUGUCUGCGAAGGAGCUCUUGGAGGACCCAUUCCUCGCCACAACUGAUGAGAGAGACUUAGCGCCUAUUUAUAGAUUGCCUCCACAACUGGCAAUUCAGAAUUUGGCUGCAAAUGGAACGGUGAUGGAGCAGCUACCUUUGACGACUGAUCCAACUAGAACGACAGAUAUGUCGAUAACAGGAAGGAUGAACUCAGAAGACCACACCAUCUUUCUUCAAGUACAGAUUUCAGAUGGCGAUGGUCACGUGAGGAACAUUCACUUCCCGUUCAACAUUGUAAGCGACACACCUCUUGAAGUAGCUUUGGAGAUGGUGAAAGAGCUUGAGAUCACUGAUUGGGAUCCUUUGGAGAUCGCUGCAAUGAUAGAAAACGAAAUAUCUUUGCUCGUCCCCAACUGGAGAGCCCACGACUCUUCUCUCCAACACCAUAGCUUUGGUCAUGAAGAUGAUGAUGAAGUCAAUGGCGAGGGAGGAGGAGGAAGAACACGCCCUUUCUCCUCUGCUUCAUCUUCUCACGACUCGCCUCUAGAAGUAAGAGGCAACAACGACGGUUUUAACAACGACAUGAUCCGAGGUAACGAAGGUGGCAGUGGAAGGUCUAACAGUUGGUUGAAUUCUUCAACAUACCACUACUCACCUGCCACUGAUGAUGAUGAUCAAAUUCAUCAACAGAGGAGACGGGUAAGGCUGCACAACAUGAGAUCCCUGGUGGACACGAGGACGCAGGUGCUGCACCGAUCACUCAUGGAGUUGAUCAACAAGCGGCGUGGUGGUGGCUUCAACCCGAACGUGAAUGAGCUACAACAUCAACCGUCCACUGAUUUCUUGAGACGAUCUUGA